AUGAAUUCCCCUUGUUUCUUCAAGAUUAUUCUUCAUAAUGCAAUUCGUGACAAGAAACUCGCCCUUCCAAGAAAGUUUAUCAGUCGAUAUGGACAUGAACUGCCGACAACGAUUAUUUUGAAGGUCCAAACUGGUGCAGAAUGGCGAGUUGAGCUCAUCAAAUGUGAUGAUUCUGUGUUUUUACAAAACGGUUGGCCGGAAUUUAUGGAGUUUUACUCCAUAGCCUUUCGAUCUGUUUUGGUUUUCGAAUUUGAUCGAAAAUAUAUUUGUUUCAAUGUUAAAAUCUUUGAUUUAAGUACAGUCGAGAUUGACUAUCCGACUAGUGUUUUUGAGUUAGAGUCUGAUCUUGAAAUUGUGUCCGAAGAAGAGGUUAAUCAAGAUUCUGAUAGUGAUGAUGACUCGGUUCAAAUAGUACGGCGGAUUCAUAAUUCACCGAACAGUAACUCGAAAGGGAAAUCGCCAUUGUUUGCUCGUCGGAAGAAUCUGAAGAUGGAAAAUGACAAAGAAGAUUUUGAAAAUUCGGUUCCAAGAUCACUGGGUCGAAUGGAAACAAAGAGUUUAACUCGGAAUGCAAAUUCUUGUUAAACCAAUAACGUAG